CAGCUGAGCGCAAGAGAGAUGGCGUUAUCACUUUUGUUUAUGGAGAUUAAAUGUUUACUGGAGCAACAGUAGCAAAAACAGGAGGAAAAGUGAAGGACUUUCUCCAGUUGUGUCGUGUUAAUUCAGUUUCGGGCGCUCUUCCGUUAUUUUCCUUAAUCGUCGUCCGUUUGAAUGUGCGCGAAUCGGGCUCGUGAAAUUGAAGUGAACCGAUAAAAUUCAAUGUCCGUAAAACGAUACGUACCAGCAGGUUGUACGACAUCAUCAAUUUUGUAUAUGUCCGUCUUUUGACGGGGUCAAAAUCUCAUUCAUUCCCAUUUCGUUUUAGUCCGCUCUUUUUUUUUCCCCAUGAAAUACAAACGUUUGUAGCGCCAGGAGACGUUAACUCAGUAUGUAAAAUAUUUACAAUUUCAAGGACAAAUUCGUUAUGUGCAAUGAAAAGUGAUUUUAUAGAAUUAAUAAUAAAGCAAAGUUGGUGACCGAUUACCGAAUUUGGAAGGACGGCGUAGAGCAUAAAAUCCGUACAAAAAUGAUGAAGGGAGGAAGUUUAAACAAAAAGGAGGGCAAGAUGCGAAUCCGAGCCUUUCCGAUGACAAUGGACGAGAAGUAUGUCGAGAGCAUUUGGGCGUUACUCAAGAAUGCGAUACAGGAAAUUCAAAAGAAGAACAAUUCGGGACUUAGUUUUGAAGAACUGUAUCGCAACGCGUAUACUAUGGUCUUACACAAGCAUGGCGAACGAUUGUACACCGGUCUGAAGGAAGUCGUCACUCAUCAUCUCGAGACAAAGGUGCGUGAAGAUGUAUUGGAGUCGCUUCGGAAUAAUUUCCUGUUAACUUUAAAUCAAGCGUGGAACGAUCAUCAGACGUCCAUGGUUAUGAUACGUGAUAUUCUAAUGUACAUGGAUCGAGUUUACGUUCAGCAAAAUGAUGUGGAUAACGUGUACAAUCUGGGCCUGAUUAUUUUUAGAGAUCAGGUGGUACGCUACGGCUGCAUCAGAGAUCACCUACGCGAAACCUUACUAGAAAUGGUAAUGCGCGAAAGGCGAGGCGAAAAGGUCGAUCGCAUAUCAAUCCGAAACGCCUGCCAGAUGCUAAUGGUACUAGGAAUAAAUUCGAGAAUCGUCUACGAGGAAGACUUCGAGCGGCCAUUUCUCCAACAGUCGGCCGAGUUCUACAAGGUGGAGAGCCAGAAGUUUCUGGCGGAGAACAGCGCGUCGGUGUACAUAAAGAAGGUGGAGGCUAGAAUAAACGAGGAAUCGGAGCGCGCCAAGCACUACCUCGACGAGUCAACGGAAUCGCGUAUCGUCGAAGUCGUCGAAGAGGAACUAAUAAAGAAGCACAUGAAGACCAUCGUCGAAAUGGAAAAUUCCGGUGUGGUUCACAUGUUGAAGAAUCAAAAGACGGAGGACUUGGCGUGCAUGUACAAAUUGUUCGGUCGCGUGGCGGACGGUCUCAAGACGAUGGCCGACUGCGUUAGUCACUACUUACGUGAGCAAGGCAAGGCGCUGGUGCAGGAGGAGGAGCAUCAGCCGCCCACUAACGCAAUCACGUUCGUUCAAUCCCUAUUAGACUUAAAAGAUCGCUUCGAUCAUUUUCUCAUUAACUCGUUUGCUAGCGAUAAAAUUUUUAAACAAAUGAUAGCGUCUGAUUUUGAACACUUUUUAAAUUUGAAUCCGAAAUCGCCCGAGUAUUUGUCCUUGUUCAUCGACGACAAGUUGAAGAAGGGAGUGAAAGGGAUGUCUGAGCAAGAUAUCGAACAAGUGCUUGACAAAUCGAUGGUGUUGUUCCGGUUUCUACAGGAAAAGGACGUGUUUGAACGAUACUAUAAACAACACUUAGCGAAGAGGCUUCUUCUUAAUAAGUCUGUGAGUGAUGAUUGGGAAAAGAACAUGAUUUCAAAGCUUAAGACUGAAUGUGGAUGUCAAUUUACCUCCAAAUUAGAAGGAAUGUUUAAAGACAUGACGGUAUCAAACACAAUAAUGGACGAAUUUAAAGAGCACGUUUUUAAAUCUGAGAUAAAUCUGGGAGGUGUGGAUCUGUUCAUGAGAGUUUUAACGACAGGAUUUUGGCCUACUCAAAGUGCGACGCCAACGUGUCACAUACCCUCAGCACCACUAGCAGCCUUCGAAACGUUCAGAAGAUUUUAUUUAGCGAAACAUAGCGGGCGCCAGUUGACUUUGCAACCGCAACUGGGAAACGCCGACCUUAACGCGGUCUUCUACGGCCCCAAAAGGGACGAGUACGAAAAGGAAGGCGCCUGCUCGUCAUCGACUAGUGUAAUUUCGCUGCGCAACGGACCUCGUAAGCACAUCAUCGCCGUUUCGACGUAUCAAAUGGUAGUUCUCAUGCUCUUUAAUAAUCACGAUAAGUUAACGUACGAAGAAAUACAGAACGAAACCGAUAUACCCGAGCGCGAUUUAAUUAGGGCGUUACAGUCGCUAGCCAUGGGCAAAACGGCGCAGAGGAUCUUAAUAAAAAACCCGAAAACGAAAGACAUAGAAACGACGCACGAGUUCUUCGUGAACGACUCGUUCACGUCGAAAUUGCAUAGGGUUAAAAUACAAACGGUAGCUGCCAAGGGCGAAAGCGAACCCGAACGGCGGGAAACUAGAAAUAAAGUCGACGAGGAUAGAAAACACGAAAUCGAAGCCGCUAUAGUACGUAUAAUGAAAUCGCGAAAACGAAUGGCGCAUAAUUUGUUAGUGACCGAAGUAACGGAACAGCUAAAAAGUAGAUUUUUACCUUCGCCAGUGAUCAUCAAAAAGAGGAUAGAGGGCCUGAUCGAACGGGAAUAUUUAGCACGCACACCUGAAGAUCGUAAAGUGUACAAUUACGUCGCUUGA